AUGUCGCAACAACAGCUGGAAGUCGCGUCCCCGACAGGGGUCCAAAAUCAGAACUCAUUGGACUCGGACCAAGACCAGACUGGUACUCGCGAGACCGUUGAGGACACUAUUGACAGCAAAUCUGUCCGAUCUUUAACGAAACGAGCAGUGUCGAGUUCGAAAGCCUCGUCAAGUGACAGCGAUUCCCAUGACGGUCUUCCCGAUAACACAAUCAACCAGAAGGAAAUCAAGUUAGAGUCUGUUGAUUUCAGCAAUAAUGGUAGCGACCAGUUCGAGCAAAUCAUCGAAAAUGGAAUAAUCUCCCCGAUAAGUGAAGCACGAACCCCUUUAUCGAAACGAUUUUCCCAUACAUCCAACUUGGACAAUGUGAGCUUGGACGAUGAGGCUCCUUCUAAAGAAGAAGAAGAAGUCGCCAAAGCCCAGGAGAAAGCCCCAAGCAAGACCCUUUCAUUAAAUAGUCUAACAAGCGCUCUUCCGACCAUGCCAUGGUCUCCUUCAAACGACGCAAUAGCUAAAGGCGCAGGAACCACUGAACCACCGUCAUCCGCAACCUGGUCUCAACCAGCUCCUCCCCCCCCUCCACCCCCACCUACGCGAAAGAUUAGCAGUCCGUUUUCUUGGUUAUCCAGAUCCUCAUCGAGCAAGGAGAAGGACCCUCCCCCACCACAGACUAGUCCUCGAAGAAACACGGCUAGUUCGAUUGCAACUUUGACUAGCAACCCCGAAAUGAUGCUGAGCAAGUUGGAGGAAGAGAGAGAGGGAGAGGCCGAUGGUUCCAGCAAGGCUUUACGAAAUAGUCUGAGAGACAGAUUCAAGCUACUUCGUAUGAGGGAGGAGGCCGGGAUUACGACGUUAACUGGUGAAGACGACCAGGUUGAACUUGUCAAUGGCACAAGGAGUCUAGUGGCUUCGCCUAAUUUGUCAGACGAGCCACCUGUGCCAGCGCCGGUCGCCAAUCUUGCACCCGGGACUGUAUCCGGCGUGAAUGCUGGACCCUCAGCCUUGCCGCCCGCAGAAGUUGAUUGGGACCUAUGGCAAUCUGUUGUUUAUGAAGGCCCGGCCGCGGUAGCCCGCACCAGCGCCGAGGAGCUCAAUAGAGCCAUUGCCACUGGAAUACCCAGCGCUAUCCGAGGUGUCAUUUGGCAGGUUUUAGCGCAAAGCAAAAACGACGACUUGGAACUGGCGUACAAGGAUCUAAUUGUGAGAGGCACAGAAAAGGCCAAGUCGAGAAACAGCAACAGCACUACGACGAGCGCUACAAGUAACGGGAAUCUCAGUGUCAGCAGUCCGGAGGCGGUGGCAUCAUCAGCCUCUUCUAUUCAUUCCAACUACUCCGCUCAGAACAGCCCUGGUUCUCCUCCUCUCGACGCAGCCGGCAAGCCUCAGCUUCUUUCUGAAGCUGAGAGGAAGCGCAAGGAGAAGGAGGAUGCAGCCGCGCUACAAAAGUUGGAGAAAGCUAUUCGACGAGACCUGGGUACCCGGACCAGCUUUUCUAAAUACGCCGCUGCCUCGGGACUUCAGGAGGGGCUUUUUGGUGUCUGCAAGGCUUAUGCACUUUACGACGAGGGGGUUGGCUAUGCCCAGGGCAUGAAUUUCCUCGUCAUGCCCCUUUUGUUCAAUAUGCCCGAGCAAGAAGCGUUCUGCCUUUUGGUGCGGUUAAUGACUCAUUAUGGACUUAGAGAUCUCUUCAUCCAGGAUAUGCCCGGUCUUCAUAUGCGCCUCUUCCAGUUUGAGCGCCUAUUAGAGGACUUUGAGCCCGCAUUGUACUGCCACCUUCGCCGACGUGGCAUCACAUCUCACCUUUAUGCGACCCAGUGGUUCUUGACCCUGUUCGCCUACAGGUUCCCUCUGCAACUUGUUCUUCGAAUUUACGAUUUGAUUUUGUCGGAGGGCCUUUCGGCCAUCUUGCGAUUUGGCCUUGUAUUGAUGCAGAAGAAUGCCACCACCUUGCUUGGGCUCUCCGACAUGGGGCAGCUCACUGGAUAUCUGAAAGACAAGCUUUUCGAUGUCUACAUUGACAAAGACCCUAGCCACGGAAGCCUCCUUGAGAACGGUUUCUUUGGUAGCUCGAGCUCCAGCAUGGAUAAAGAGGUCUACCGAGCAGACCAGCUCGUGACCGACGCAUGUGAAAUCAAGAUCACCCCUGAGACUCUGAAAGCCUAUACUGUGGAAUGGGAAGAGAAAACGAGAGCCGAGAAGGAGCGAGAGACAGAGCUACAUGACCUCCGGAUAGGAAACCAGCAGUAUGCCAGCAAGCUUCGCAAACUGGAGGAACGAGUCGAGGCCUGUGAUACUGAGCAAGCGGCUCUCGCCACAGAGGUCGUCCACACCAAGGUCGAAAACCAAGAGCUCAAGGACGAAAACGAGAGCCUCAGAGGCCAAGUCCGGGAACUGCGAAUCGUCAUCGAGAAGCAGCCCAUCGAAAUCGAGGAGACAUGGAACCUAGAGAGGGACGACUUAAUGAAGCGCAAUCAAAAGGUUCAUGAGGAGAACCAGGAACUCGAGAAGAACCUUCAGGAAUUAGAAGAACAACUGGUUCAGACCAAGUUGCGGUACGCAGAGUUGAACUCUUCACACGAGGCGCUGAGCCGCAAGUGGGCCGAUCUCAAGCGUCAAUUUGUUUAA